AUGCAAGAAACCGUUACAAAUACAAACGAGAAGAAAUCUCUAUUUUCUUCUUUCCUGGAAGUCCUAGAAGCCAGAGAGAAGCAAGCUCAAGCCGAUAGACAGCUCCAAGAAGAGAAGUAUCAGAGGAGGACACAAAGAAUCUAUGAUUUUCAUGACCGACAACAGCGUGACGCAGUAGAGCUGCGGCGCUGCCUGGACUACGUGUCCCAGCACGCGCACGUGCUGGAGUCGGUGCUGCGCAGCGCUUCAAGCGACGGCGCGCCGCUGUCCGCCGCGCUGGUGCGCCAGGCGGCCGCGCUGCAGCGCUGCAUGGCGCAGUGCGUGGCCAACGCGGCGCGCAUCCGACACCUGCUCACCGCCGCGCACCAGCCGCAAAUGGACACCAUGCUCGCGAAAAUGGAGGCCGAGCUGAGCACGUGGACGGCGUUUCUGCAGCGCGCCGUCGACGCGACCUACAACACGGAGGUGGUCAUCGACAACGUGCAGAACCUAAUCGCGGAGCAGAAGCGAUGCGUUCGCGAGGUGUCGUCGAGCAGUGUGUUCACGUCGCUGUGCGGUGCGAGUGCGAGCGGCGCGGGCGCGGAGGCGGAGGCGGGGGCGGACGAGUCCCAGGCGCGCUCGCCCGCCCCGCGCCGCGCGCUCUCCGCCGCCUGCAGCACGCCCAUCGCGCGCGACUAG